AUGGCGGCACUCAUUGGCAAUAUUGGUGCCUUCGACGAAAAGUCAGAAAAAUUUAGUGAUUAUGCCGAUCGUUUCGAAGCCUACGUGGCGGCGGAUGACAUCGAUGACGAUAAAAAGGUAAAUAUUUUUCUAGCUGUUAUCGGUCCAGAUGCUUAUAAGCUAUUGAAGAAUCUAUGUGAUCCGGAGAAUCCGAAUACCAAGACGUUUGCCCGGUUGUUAGAGCUGUUGCAAGGACACUUUGAACCGGCUCCUAUUGUGAUCGUGGAAAGACACAAGUUUUGGACGGCAUCCCAAGAAGAAUGCGAGAGCGUGUCAGAAUUUGUGGUGAGACUGAAGAAGUUGGCAUCAAUAUGCAGCUUUGGUGCUUUUCUGUCUGAAGCCCUAAGAGAUAGACUUGUCUCUGGAUUACAUCCGAAAAUGUCCAGAACACAACGUCAUCUCCUGUCAAUAAGAGAGUUAACCUACGCGGCGGCCCAUGAGAAAUGUAUUGCAGAUGAAUUGGCGGGUAAAGCGAAUAUAGAACACAUGCGAGAUUUAGCUAAUAUUGAAGCCGAGAAGGUUCAACAUGGCAAUUCUGGACGCAACGUGGAGCAGAACAGCAAAAGGGCAGACAAGUGCAAAUCAUGUGGAAGUAUGCAGCAUCGAUCUGAAUCAUGUAGAUUCAAAAAUGCCACAUGCCAUCACUGCCAGAAGAGAGGUCAUAUACGCCCGGUAUGUAAGGCCCGAUUGUCACAAAUGCAGUUUAAAGGAAGAUCAAGUGGUACAAAGGAGUCAAAGGUGACCUGUUGCGAUAGUAUUUCUGAUGAUGAAAGUGUAAGAAGCUGUGAUAAUCAUGCGAGAGGCACACCUAUGGAUGCAGCUGAAGGUGUGGCCUUUGGAUUAUACAGAACUGGAACUGAACAAUUGUCCACUGAGUAUGUAAAUCGCGUCAAACCGUAUGUAGUAAUUGUUCAGUUAGGUAGGGCGCAGAUUAAUUGUAAAAUGGAAGUAGACACGGGGGCAUCUCGUUCUACAGUGUCUAAACAUGUCUAUGAUGCAGAAUUAUCAGAUUAUCCCAUUCAACCUGUGGGAGUAAUUUUACACAAUUAUUCAGGGGAAAAGAUUCCAGUAGUGGGAAAAAAAUACUUUACCAGUGAAAUUUGA